AUUCAUGUAUUUUCUGGUAGAUUAGUGCUUUGUGUUACCCGUUUGAGUUCUGUAUUUUAUGUGCCGGUUUAAACAAAUAUAAUUUGACUAAAUAUAUCUUCUGAAUAAUUAUCUUUGGAAACAAUGUCGUAUCAAUAUCAUCAAAUAGCCAGCUUGCUAGAAAAAAUGACUUCUAGUGACAAGGAUUUUCGUUUUAUGGCAACAAAUGAUUUAAUGACGGAAUUGCAAAAGGAUAGCAUUAAGCUCGAUGAUGAAUCUGAAAAAAAGGUUGUACGUAUGAUAUUACGACUAUUGGAAGAUAAAAAUGGCGAAGUACAAAAUUUGGCGGUAAAGUGCUUAGGACCUUUGGUAAACAAAGUAAAGGAGGGCCAAGUUGAAACUAUUGUGGAUUCCCUUUGCUUAAACAUGAUAUCGAACGUAGAACAACUUCGCGAUAUAUCCAGCAUUGGUUUGAAAACUGUUAUUUUGGAACUUCCGCAGGCAUCAAAUUCUUUAGCGCCUAAUGUUUGUAGGAGAAUAACCGGAAAGCUUAACAGUGCUAUAGAAAAGGUAUGUAUGCAUAAAUAUGCAUAUAAGUGUUUUAUAAUAUUUAUAGUAAGCAUGCAAUUUGCUCUAUUAAAGACAAAAAAUAAAUAAAAGUAUUUCAAAUGGAUUCGGGCGGAUAGGGGUAUUUCUAUAGAUGAGAGUAUAUCGUCACCUGAAAUGUAAAAUAACGUAACAUGACUUUUCAUAUGUUUACAGCAGAA